AUGACCCCGACCCAUUCUCCCGCAAUCCAUCACCCCGCCCCAUUCUCCCGCUUUCUAUCACCCCGCCCCAUUCUCCCGCUUUCCAUCACCCCGCCCCAUAUUCCCUCCUUCCAUCGCCCCGCUUCAUUUUCCCUCCUUCCAUCACCCCGCACCAUUCUCCCUCCUUCCAUCACCCCGCCCCAUUCUCCCUCCUUCCAUCACCCCGCCUCAUUCUCCCUCCUUCCAUCACCCCGCCCCUUUCUCCCGCUUCCCAUCAGCCCGCCCCAUUCUCCCGCUUCCCAUCACCCCGCCCCAUUCUCCCGCUUUCCAUCACCCCGCCCCAUUCUCCCGCAUUCCAUCACCCCGCCCCAUUCUCCCGCUUUCCAUAACCCCGCCCCAUUCUCCCGCUUUCCAUCACCCCGCCCCAUUCUCCCGCUUUCCAUCACCCCGCCCCAUUCUCCCGCUUUCCAUCACUCCACCCCAUUCUCCCGCUUUCCAUCACCCCGCCCCAUUCUCCCGCUUUCCAUCACCCCGCCCCAUUCUCCCUCCUUCCAUCACCCCGCCUCAUUCUCCCUCCUUCCAUCACCCCGCCCCAUUCUCCCGCUUUCCAUCACCCCGCCCCAUUCUCCCGCUUCCCAUCACCCCGCCCCAUUCUCCCGCUUUCCAUCACCCCGCCCCAUUCUCCCGCAUUCCAUCACCCCGCCCCAUUCUCCCGCUUUCCAUAACCCCGCCCCAUUCUCCUGCUUUCCAUCACCCCGCCACAUUCUCCCACUUUCCAUCACCCCGCCCCAUUCUCCCUCCUUCCAUCACCCGCCCCAUUCUCCCUCCUUCCAUCACCCCACCCCAUUCUCCCUCCUUCCAUCACCCCGCCCCAUUCUCCCGCUUUCCAUCAACCUGCCCCAUUCUCCCGCUUUCCAUCACCACGCCUCAUUCUCCCGCUUUCCAUCACCCCGCCCCGUUCUCCCGCUUUCCAUCACCCCGCCACAAUCUCCCGCUUUACAUCACCCCGCCCCAUUCUCCCGCUUUCCAUCACUCCACCCCAUUCUCCCGCUUUCCAUCACCCCGCCCCAUUCUCCCGCUUUCCAUCACCCCGCCCCAUUCUCCCUCCUUCCAUUACCCCGCCUCAUUCUCCCUCCUUCCAUCACCCCGCCCCAUUCUCCCGCUUCCCAUCACCCCGCCCCAUUCUCCCGCUUCCCAUCACCCCGCCCCAUUCUCCCGCUUUCCAUCACCCCGCCCCAUUCUCCCGCAUUCCAUCACCCCGCCCCAUUCUUUCCAUCAGCCGCCUCAUUCUCCCGCUUUCCAUCACCCCGCCUCAUUCUCCCGAUUCCCAUCAACCCGCCCCGUUCUCCCGCUUUCUAUCACCCGUCCCCAUUCUCCCUCCUUCCAUCACCCCGCCCCAUUCUCCCGCUUUCCAUCACCCCGCCCCAUUCUCCCGCUUUCCAUCACCUCGCCCCAUUCUCCCGCUUUCCAUCACCCUGCCCCAUUCUCCCGCUUUCCAUCAACCUGCCCCAUUCUCCCGCUUUCCAUCACCCUUCCCGAUUCUCCCUCCUUCCAUCACCCCACCCCAUUCUCCCGCUUUCCAUCACCCCGCCCCAUUCUCCUGCUCUCCAUCACCCCGCACCAUUCUCCCGCUUUCCAUCACCCCUCCCCAUUCUCCUGCUUUCCAUCACCCCGCCCCAUUCUCCCUCCUUCCAUGACCCCGCCCCAUUCUCCCUCCAUCCAUCAACCCGCCCUAUUCUCCCAAUUUCCAUCACCCCGCCCCAUUCUCCCGCUUUCCAUCACCCCGCCCCAUUCUCCCGUUUUCCAUCACCUCGCCCCAUUCUCCCGCUUUCCAUCACCCCACCCCAUUCUCCCGCUUUCCAUCAUACGCCCAUUCUCCCGCUUUCCAUCACCCCGCCCCAUUCUCCCGCUUUCCAUUACCCCGCCCCAUUUUACCGCUUCCCAUCAUCUCGCACCAUUCUCCCGCUUUCCAUCACCCUGCCCCAUUCUCCCUCCUUCCAUCACCCCACCCCAUUCUCCCGCUUUCCAUCACCUCGCCCCAUUCUCCCGCUUUCCAUCACCCCGCCCUAUUCUCCCGCUUUCUAUCACCCCGCCCUAUUCUCCCGCUUUCCAUCACCCCGCCCCAUUCUCCCGCUUUCCAUCACCCCGCCCCAUUCUCCCGCUUUCCAUCACCCCACCCCAGACUCCCGCUUUCCAUCACCCCGCCCCAUUCUCCCGCUUUCCAUCACCCCACCCCAUUCUCCCGCUUUCCAUCACCCCACCCCAUUCUCCCGCUUUCCUUCACCCAUCCCCAUUCUCCCGCUUUCCAUCACCCCGCCCCAUUCUCCCACUUUCUAUCACCCCACCCCAUUCUCCCGCUUUCCAUCACUCCGCCCCAUUCUCCCUCCUUCCAUCACCCCGCCCCAUUCUCCCGCUUUCCAUCACCCCGACCCAUUCUCCCACUUUCCAUCACCCCGGCCAAUUCUCUCGAUUUCCGUCACCCUGCCCCAUUCUCCCUCUUUCCGUCACCCCGCCCCAUUCUCCCGCUUUCCAUCAUCCCGCCCCAUUCCCCCGCUUUCCAUCACCCCGCCCUAUUCUCCCUCUUUCCAUCACCCCGCCCCAUUCUCCCUACUUCCAUCACCCCACCCCACUCUACCGCUUUCCAUCACCCCGCCACAUUCUUCCACAUUCCAUCACCCCGCCCCAUUCUCCCUCCUUCCAUCACCCCGCCCCAUUCUCCCUCCUUCCAUCACCCCGCCCCAUUCUCCCGCUUUCCAUCAGCCCGCCCCAUUCUCCCGCUUUCCAUCACACCGCCCCAUUCUCCCGCUUUCCAUCACCCCGCCCCAUUCUCCCGCUUUCCAUCACCCCGCCCCAUUCUCCCUCCUUCCAUCACCUCGCCCCAUUCUCCCUCCUUCCAUCACCCCGCCCCUUUCUCCCGCUUUCCAUCAGCCCGCCCCAUUCUCCCGCUUUCAAUCACCCCGCCCCAUUCUCCCGCUUUCCAUCUCCCCGCCCCAUUCUCCCGCUUUCCAUAACCCCGCCCCAUUCUCCCGCUUUCCAUCACCCCGCCCCAUUCUCCCGCUUCCCAUCAUCCCGCCCCAUUCCCCUCCUUUCCGUCACCCCUCCCCAUUCUCCCUCCUUCCAUCACCCAGCCCCAUUCUCCCGCUCUCCAUCACCCCGCCCCAUUCUCCCGCUUUCCAUCACCUCGCCCCAUUCUCACGCUUUCCAUCACCCCGCCCCAUUCACCCGCUUUCAAUCACCCCGCCCCAUUCUCCCGCUUUCCAUCACCCCGCCCCAUCCUCCCACCUUCCAUCACCCCGCCCCAUUCUCCCUCCUUCCAUCACCCCGCCCCAUUCUCCCUCCUUCCAUCACCCCGCCCCAUUCUCCUGGGUUCCAUCACCCCGCCACAUUCUCCCGCGUUCCAUCACUCCGCCCCAUUCUCCCGCUUUCCAUCAUCCCGCCCCAUUCUCCCGCUUUCCUUCACCCCGCCCCAUUCUCCCGCUUUCCAUCACCCCGCCCCAUUCUCCCGCUUUCCAUCACCCCACCCCAUUCUCCCGCUUUCCAUCACCCCGCCCCAUUCUCCCGCUUUCCAUCACCCCGUCCCAUUCUCCCGCUUUCCAUCACCCCGCCCCAAUCUCCCUCUUUCCAUCACCCCACCCCAUUCUCCCUCCUUCCAUCACCUCGGCCCAUUCUCCUUCCUUCCAUCACUCUGCCCCAUUCUCCCGCUUUCCAUCACCCCGCUCCAUUUUCCCCCUCAUUCUCCCGCUUUCCAUCACCCCGCCCCAUUUUCCCGCUUUCCAUCACCCCGCUCCAUUCUCCCGCUUUCCAUCACCCUGCCCCAAUCUCCCGCUUUCCAUCACCCCGCCCCAUUCUCCCUCCUUCCAUCACCCCGCCCCAUUCUCCCGCUUUCCAUCACCCCGCCCUAUUCUCCCGCUUUCCAUCACCCAGCCCCAUUCUCCCGCUUUCCAUCACCCCGCCCCAUUCUCCCGCUUUCCAUCACCCCACCCCAUUCUCCCUCCUUCCAUCACCCCGCCCCAUUCUCCCUCCUUCCAUCACCCCGCCCCAUUCUCCCGCUUUCCAUCACCCCGCCCCAUUCUCCCUCCUUCCAUCACCCCGCUCCAUUCUCCCUCCUUCCAUCACCCCGCCCCAUUCUCCUGCUUUCCAUCGCCCCGCCCCAUUCUCCCGCUUCCCAUAACCCCACCCCAUUCUCCCGCUUUCCAUCACCCCGCCACAUUCUCCCGCUUUCUAUCACCCCGCCCCAUUCUCCCUCCUUCCAUCACCCCGCCCCAUUCUCCCGCUUUCCAUCACCCCGCCCCAUUCUCCCGAUUUCCAUCACCCCGCCCCAUUCUCAAGCUUUCCAUCACCCCGCCCCAUUCUCCCGGUUUCCAUCACCCCGCUCCAUUCUCCCGCUUUCCAUCAUCCCGCCCCAUUCUCCCUCCUUCAUCACCCCGCCCCAUUCUUCCGCUUCCCAUCAUCCCGCCCCAUUCCCCCGCUUUCCAUCACCCCUCCCCAUUCUCCCUCCUUCCAUCACCCUGCCCCAUUCUCUCGCUUUCCAUCACCCCGCCCCAUUCUCCCGCUUUCAAUCACCCCGCCCCAUUCUCCCGCAUUCCAUCACUCCGCCCCAUUAUCCCUCCUUCCAUCACCCCGCACCAUUCUCCCUCCUUCCAUCACCCCGACCCAUUCUCCCGCUUUCCAUCACCCCGCCUCAUUCUCCCGCUUCCCAUAACCCCACCCCAUUCUCCCGCUUUCCAUCACCCCGCCACAUUCUCCCACUUUCCAUCACCCCGCCCCCUUCUCUCUCCUUCCAUCACCCCGCCCCAUUCUCCCUCCUUCCAUCACCCCGCCCCAUUCUCCCGCUUUCCACCACCCCGCCCUAUUCUCCCGCUUUCCAUCACCCCGCCCCAUUCUCCCGCUUUCCAUCACCCCACCCCAUCCUCCCACCUUCUAUCACCCCGCCCCAUUCUCCCUCCUUCCAUCACCUCGCCCCAUUCUCCCGCUUUCCAUCACUCCGCCCCAUUCUCCCGCUUUCCAUCACCCCGCCCCAUUCUCCCGCUUUCCAUCACCCCGCCCCAUUCCCCCGCUUUCCAUCACUCCGCCCCAUUCUCCCGCUUUCCAUCAUCCCGCCCCAUUCUCCCGCUUUCCAUCACCCCUCCCCUUUCUCCCGCUUUCCAUCUCCCCGCCCCAUUCUCCCGCUUUCCAUCACCCCGCCCCAUUCUCCCGCUUUCCAUCACCCUGCCCCAUUCUUCCGCUUCCCAUCAUCCCGCCCCAUUCCCCCGCUUUCCAUCACCCCUCCCCAUUCUCCCUCCUUCCAUCACCCCGCCCCUUUCUCCCUCUUUCCAUCAGCCCACCCCAUUCUCCCGCUUUCCAUCACCCCGCCCCUUUCUCCCACUUUCCAUCACCCCGCCCCAUUCUUCUGCUUCCCAUCAUCCCGCCCCAUUCCACCGCUUUCCAUCACCCCUCCCCAUUCUCCCUCCUUCCAUCACCCCGCCUUAUUCUUCCGCUUUCCAUCACCCGCCCCAUUCUCCCGCUUUCCAUCACCUCGCCCCAUUCUCCCGCUUUCCAUCACCCCGCCCCAUUCCUUUGCUUUCCAUCACCCCGCCCCAUUCUUCCGCUUUCCAUCACCCUGCCCCAUUCACCCGCUUUCCAUCACCCGCCCCAUUCUCCUGCUUUCCAUCACCCCGCCCCAUUCUCCCGCUUUCCAUCACCCCGCUCCAUUCUCCCGCUUUCCAUCACACCGCCCCAUUCUCCUGCUUUCCAUCACCCCGCCCCAUUCUCCCGCUUUCCAUCACUCUGCCCCAUUCUCCCGCUUUCCAUCACCCCGACCAAUUCUCCCACUUUCCAUCACCCCGCCUAAUUCUCCCUCCUUCCAUCACCCCGCCUCAUUCUCCCUCCUUCCAUCACCCCGCCCCAUUCUCCCGCUUUCCAUCACCCCGCCCCAUUCUCCCGCUUUCCAUCACCCAGCCUCAUUCUCCCGCUUUCCAUCACCCCGCCCCAUUUUCCCGCUUUCCAUCACCCCGCUCCAUUCUCCCGCUUUCCAUCACUCUGCCCCAAUCUCCCGCUUUCCAUCACCCCGCCCCAUUCUCCCUCCUUCCAUCACCCCGCCCCAUUCUCCCGCUUUCCAUCACCCCGCCCUAUUCUCCCGCUUUCCAUCACCCAGCCCCAUUCUCCCGCUUUCCAUCACCCCGCCCCAUUCUCCCGCUUUCCAUCACCCCACCCCAUUCUCCCUCCUUCCAUCACCCCGCCCCAUUCUCCCUACUUCCAUCACCCCGCCCCAUUCUCCCGCUUUCCAUCACCCCGCCCCAUUCUCCCUCCUUCCAUCACCCCGCUCCAUUCUCCCUCCUUCCAUCACCCCGCCCCAUUCUCCCGCUUUCCAUCGCCCCGCCCCAUUCUCCCGCUUCCCAUAACCCCACCCCAUUCUCCCGCUUUCCAUCACCCCGCCACAUUCUCCCGCUUUCUAUCACCCCGCCCCAUUCUCCCUCCUUCCAUCACCCCGCCCCAUUCUCCCGCUUUCCAUCACCCCGCCCCAUUCUCCCGAUUUCCAUCACCCCGCCCCAUUCUCAAGCUUUCCAUCACCCCGCCCCAUUCUCCCGGUUUCCAUCACCCCGCCCCAUUCUCCCGCUUUCCAUCAUCCCGCCCCAAUCUCCCUCCUUCAUCACCCCGCCCCAUUCUUCCGCUUCCCAUCAUCCCGCCCCAUUCCCCCGCUUUCCAUCACCCCUCCCCAUUCUCCCUCCUUCCAUCACCCUGCCCCAUUCUCUCGCUUUCCAUCACCCCGCCCCAUUCUCCCGCUUUCAAUCACCCCGCCCCAUUCUCCCGCUUUCCAUCACUCCGCCCCAUUAUCCCUCCUUCCAUCACCCCGCCCCAUUCUCCCUCCUUCCAUCACCCCGCCCCAUUCUCCCGCUUUCCAUCACCCCGCCUCAUUCUCCCGCUUCCCAUAACCCCACCCCAUUCUCCCGCUUUCCAUCACCCCGCCACAUUCUCCCACUUUCCAUCACCCCGCCCCCUUCUCUCUCCUUCCAUCACCCCGCCCCAUUCUCCCUCCUUCCAUCACCCCGCCCCAUUCUCCCGCUUUCCAUCAGCCCGCCCCAUUCUCCCGCUUUCCAUCACCCCUCCCCUUUCUCCCGCUUUCCAUCUCCCCGCCCCAUUCUCCCGCUUUCCAUCACCACGCCCCAUUCUCCCGCUUUCCAUCACCCCGCCCCAUUCUUCCGCUUCCCAUCAUCCCGCCCCAUUCCCCCGCUUUCCAUCACCCCUCCCCAUUCUCCCUCCUUCCAUCACCCCGCCCCAUUCUCCCUCCUUCCAUCACCCCGCCCCAUUCUCCCGCUUUCCAUCACCCCGCCCCAUUCUCCCUCCUUCCAUCACCCCGCUCCAUUCUCCCUCCUUCCAUCACCCCGCCCCAUUCUCCCGCUUUCCACACCCCGCCCCAUUCUCCCGCUUCCGAUAACCCCGCCCCAUUCUCCCGCUUUCCAUCACCUCUCCCCUUUCUCCCGCUUUCCAUCUCCCCGCCCCAUUCUCCCGCUUUCCAUCACCACGCCCCAUUCUCCCGCUUCCCAUCAUCCCGCCCCAUUCCCCCGCUUUCCAUCACCCCUCCCCAUUCUCCCUCCUUCCAUCACCCCGCCCCAUUCUCUCGCUUUCCAUCACCCCGCCCCAUUCUCCCGCUUUCCAUCACCCCGCCCCAUUCUCCCGCUUUCCAUCACCCCGCCCGAUUCUCCCUCCUUCCAUCACCCCGCCCCAUU